UUUCUUUCAUUUUGAUUCUGUAGGAACCUAGAAAGAUUUUGCAAUGAAUGGUGAUACUCAGGCCGCAGUGGUGACCUCACCACCUCCGACCACAGCCCCUCACAAAGAGAGGUACUUCGACAGGGUGGAUGAGAACAAUCCGGAAUACCUGCGAGAGAGGAACAUGGCACCUGACCUUCGCCAGGACUUCAACAUGAUGGAGCAGAAAAAGAGGGUGUCCAUGAUUCUGCAGAGUCCCGCUUUCUGUGAAGAAUUGGAAUCAAUGAUACAGGAACAAUUUAAGAAGGGGAAGAAUCCCACCGGCCUGCUGGCAUUGCAGCAGAUUGCAGAUUUUAUGACCACAAAUGUUCCGAAUGUCUACCCGGCAGCCCCACAAGGAGGGAUGGCUGCCUUGAACAUGAGUCUUGGUAUGGUAACUCCUGUGAACGACCUUAGAGGAUCUGAUUCGAUUGCCUAUGACAAAGGGGAGAAGUUACUGAGGUGUAAAUUGGCAGCAUUUUACAGACUGGCAGAUCUCUUUGGGUGGUCCCACCUUAUCUACAAUCAUAUCACAACCAGAGUGAGCUCCGAGCAGGAACACUUCCUCAUUGUACCUUUUGGGCUUCUCUACAGUGAAGUGACUGCAUCCAGCCUGGUGAAAGUCAAUCUGCAAGGAGAUGUUGUGGACCGUGGAAGCACUAAUCUAGGAGUAAACCAAGCUGGCUUCACGCUGCACUCUGCAAUUUAUGCUGCGCGGCCGGACGCGAAGUGUGUGGUUCAUAUUCACACGCCAGCAGGGGCUGCGGUCUCUGCGAUGAAAUGUGGCCUCUUGCCCAUCUCCCCGGAGGCGCUGUCCCUUGGAGAAGUGACUUAUCAUGAUUACCACGGGAUUUUGGUUGAUGAAGAGGAAAAGGUUUUAAUUCAGAAAAAUUUGGGACCUAAAAGCAAGGCCCUCAUUCUCCGGAACCACGGGCUGGUGUCCGUCGGCGAGAGCGUGGAGGAGGCCUUCUAUUACAUCCACAACCUUGUGGUUGCCUGUGAGAUCCAGGUUCGAACCCUGGCCAGUGCAGGAGGGCCAGAUAACUUAGUUCUCCUGGAUCCUGGGAAGUACAAAGCCAAAUCCCGUUCCCCAGGGCCCCCGGCAGGGGAGGGCACUGCAUCGCCUCCCAAGUGGCUGAUUGGUGAGCAGGAGUUUGAAGCCCUCAUGCGGAUGCUCGAUAACCUGGGUUACAGGACUGGCUACCCUUACCGAUACCCGGCUCUGAGAGAGAAGUCUAAAAAAUACAGCGAUGUGGAGGUUCCUGCUAGUGUCACAGGUUACUCCUUUGCUAGUGACGGUGAUUCGGGCACUUGCUCUCCUCUCAGACACAGUUUUCAGAAGCAGCAACGAGAGAAGACAAGAUGGCUGAACUCUGGCCGGGGUGACGAUGCCUCUGAGGAAGGGCAGAAUGGAAGCAGCCCCAAGUCGAAGACUAAGGUGUGGACGAACAUUACACACGAUCACGUGAAACCCUUGCUGCAGUCUCUCUCGUCCGGUGUCUGCGUGCCAAGCUGUAUUACCAACUGCUUGUGGACUAAAGAGGAUGGGCAUAGAACCUCCACCUCUGCUGUCCCUAACCUGUUUGUUCCGUUGAACACAAACCCGAAAGAGGUCCAGGAGAUGAGGAACAAGAUCCGAGAGCAGAACUUACAGGACAUUAAGACGGCUGGCCCCCAGUCCCAGGUUUUGUGUGGUGUAGUGAUGGACAGGAGCCUCGUCCAGGACGCACCCCUGUCUGACUGCACGGAGACAAUCGAAGGGCUCGAGCUCACAGAGCAGACCUUUAGUCCAGCUAAAUCUCUCUCUUUUAGAAAGGGGGAGCUGGUGACAGCCUCCAAGGCCAUCAUUGAGAAGGAGUACCAGCCCCACGUCAUCGUGAGCACCACGGGCCCCAACCCCUUCAACACACUCACUGACCGUGAGCUGGAGGAGUACCGCAGGGAGGUGGAGCGCAAGCACAAGGGCCCUGCAGAGAGUCUGGAUGAGAGCAGAGAGCAGAAAGAUGGCAGUCCUCCAGAGAACCCCGCUGCCCCCAGCACCCCCGCCAAGCUGGAGGAAGACCUGCCGCAGGAUUCUGUUUUCGGAGACGACAGUGAUGCCGCCACCUUUAAGCCCACCCUCCCUGACCUGUCCCCUGAUGAGCCUUCAGAAGCGCUUGGCUUCCCGACGCUGGAGGAGGAAGAGGGGCUUGGCGAAGCCCAUGGCCCUCCGAGCCCCGCCAGGUCCUCCACGGUGGCCAGCCCCGAGCCAGCCCCAGCCCAGGGGGCUGAAGAAGCCUCCCCAGCCCCGGAGGAGGGGGCUGCCGCAGACCCAGGCAGUGAUGGGUCUCCGGGCAAGUCCCCUUCCAAGAAGAAGAAGAAGUUCCGCACCCCGUCCUUCUUAAAGAAGAGCAAGAGGAGGGGCGACUGCUGAGCCCCCCUGUGUGCUCCGCCCCUCCUGUCCCCCACCCUGGAAUGCAGAGCCCAUCCCUCCCACAGCAGAGCUGCCCCGCCGGAAACCCCAUGUAGACCGGUGCUAACUCCUGUGCUCGCAGUGGCCUCCCUGGCGCCCGGCCUGAGCCUCAGGGCCAGGGAGGCUUGGUCCCCGUGUCCACCUCUGUGCCCACCUGUCUGCUCCUCGGGGACGCGCUCCCUAGGGGUGCUGAGGCACGGCUCUGGCUGUGCAGUCAGAGGCCCUGCCAGCUCUGGCCUCUUGCUUUCCUUCUGUCGUGAUGCCACCCACUUUGUCCCUGCUCGGCUCCCCUUCACCCCAAGGUCUCAGGUGACGGAUUCAGACCCAUAGCUUCCUGCUGGUGUUACCUGCUCAGUGAUCUCACUUGUUCCUGUGCACAAGGCCUUGGUCCUAUGAAAACACCCCUGUGCAGCCAGCAGCCCAGGGCACCCUUGUGGGGCUGAGCUGGAGGCGCAGCAGCAGACGGCCCCGUGGAUAUCCGACCAACCUAUGCACGGUCUCACCCACCACCCCAUGGCCAGAACCCGGGUCAGGGCUCCGUGUCUUACUCACUGGGCCUCUCGAGUCCUGUCGUAGGGAGGGCACAUCAGUAGAGGGAGAAUCUUUUCUAGAGUUUUCUUCCAGCAGGUUUGCAGUUCACCCUAUGUUGCUGACUGGACAUGAACGGUGACUUUUUGCUUUAGCUUCCCUCUAGCCUGCCAUGGGGCACGUUCACCCGCUGUGGGUCAGGUUCAGAACAGAGGGUCUGCUCUUACCUUAACUCAGCCUGAGAAAUCCCUGGUUCUGACCAAUAGCUCAAGGCAGGCGUCAGCUCUGGUGGUCCCCGCCGGUCCCUGAGCCUGUUGCCCAUGGAACCCUGACUUGUUCUUGGUCACCUGGUGAACCUGCACUUCACCCACCCCUGGGAGUAGUUACAGCUGCCUGGUGGGAGCUAGCAGGUAGCCAUAUGGACUCGAGGGGGACCUGCUCCAGGAGCUGCUCAGUGCCAGCUGCCCCACCCCAGACAGGCCCCCUGGGGAGUGGGGAGGGGGGCCCAAGGUGCACCUGGUGCCAGAUGUGGGCUCGGGCCCCACAGACUCGACACCCAAGCAGGACCUAGGCUGGCUGCAUGGCACUGACCUCUGCUUCGAGCUGACUGGCGAGCAGGCCGCUUUCCUGUGUCCAUUUGUUGCCAAGGUGUGUUCACUUCCCCCCAUCACCCUGCCCUUGAGUUAACCACGGACUCUUCCUUUGGCCCUUCCUUUAUCCCACAUAUGCAAUGACUUUAGUUUCACUUUGUAGUUUAUUUUAACUCUUUGUAUCACAACAUGAAGUUUAGUCACACACGGAGGGAUGCAGGCUUGGGAGGGCAGGCCCUGUGUCCUUUCCAUUGUAACACGUUUUACUCACAAAUAAAGUUCUUCAGGCAGUAUCCCGACUAAA